UUGCAAGCUUACAAGGCAAUCCUCGCUUCGUUGAUCGGUUGCUCGGCAUUUCAUGCUGGUUGUCUUUGGGCCAAGCUAGCUUUGAAGAAGUACCCUGGCGAUUUUGACCUUCACGAACUUUCGCAAGACUUGGAAGAUGCCUACAACGAUCGAGUACGAGAAUUGGAGGCAGACAGAGAGAUCGAUAAGUCUGAGCUUCCAUACGCAAAAAAGAGCGGCAAGAUCUACCAGAAGCGUUAUCCUUGGAUGAACGACACUUUGUUCCAUAGGACUCAGGAUCAAAUCAAUGUGAUCAACAAGGAAGACAGAACAGUCAACUGGAAGAUCAAAUCAGUCAUCUUUGGUCCAAAAUCCGAGGAGAAGAAGGUAGAGAAAGGAGGCGACGUUGGCCCAUUUGGUAUGUUCGCGAAGAGAAACAUCGCACAGGGAGAGAUUAUCAUGGUCGACAAGACAGUUGCAGGUAUCUCGAGUAUACCUUCAAGCAAGGGUCUGCACUGCGACAAUUGUCUUGCUGCAUUGGUCUACCCUUAUAUUACACCACAAGACAUCUGCGUGCCAAGCUGCUGCGACAAGGUCUCGUACUGCUCUCAGAAGUGUAUGGAUCAAGCCAUGUCUGGAUAUCAUUCGCAGCUGUGCGGCAAGAACUUUGACUGGAUAUACGAGCAUCACGAUGUGGCGGCCGGGGAGACCGGCGAGACUCAAGAAUGUCGUUCAAACUGGCGACCAAUCAUGUUUCUCCGUUUGAUGGCCAUUGUGCUCGCUGAUCUGGAGAUUUUUGACUUCAAGCAUACGAAUCCGCUUCAACACCCAGUGAUUUCCAGAAUGGCUGGCAACUAUCGGGAUCCAGCUCCUGGUAAUCUCAGAGGCGUAACUCAUGACUGGCAAUUCUGGGAGAAUGUUGUCGCUCCAACCCGAGUGCUCAUGGAAUUGGGUGUCGAUAUCUUCUCGGAGCCUGUGUACUCACAGGAGGUGAUCCAAACCGUGUUCUGGAGAUUCGAGAACAACGCAAAUAUGGCGGCAACUUCGAUCACUGGCAAGAUCUCGCAUGUGAUGGCGGUCAAUCCGAACUACCUCUUUCUCAAUCACUCAUGCGAUCCAAAUGUCUCAUGGCACGGUGCCGUUCCAAAUGGAUCAGUCAGUAUUCGAUCGUUGGUAGACCGAGAUGGGAAGAUCUUGAGGCCUGGUACAAGUGCAGUCUGGUGUAUCGCUGGAAAGAAGAUCAAGAAGGGCGAGGAACUGAAGAUUAGCUAUAUUGGAGAUCCACAAGGUACUGUUGGAAAGAAGAACGAAGAUCGAGCAGCUAAGAGGAUCCAUCUUGAGAAGUGGUUCGAUAACGGAUGUGGUUGUGAUUUGUGCGAGAAAGAAAACAAGGCAGGUGGUAUCUCACACGAGAUAGAAGCGCAGUCUUGA